AGCCCCGGCGGCAGGUACGGGACCGGCCUGCGCCCCGCUGCCCCGAGAGGCUGCGCUGGGGCUGUCGGGGCAUUGCGGUGGGCGUUGGGUUUUUAACCUGUGGAGCCGAUGAGCCGCGGCUCGGUCCCGCCCGCUCUCCCGUCACCUCGGUGAGGGGGGCUCUGAGGAGCCGGGGCUGCGGGGGCUCCGCUCUCUGUGUGGGGCCGGGGCCAGGGUCAGGGCCAGGGCCGUGCUGCGGGCGCAGCUUCUCCGCGGGGCUCGGCCAGCGCUGUCCGCCCGCGUCUCCUCCGAGGCCGCUCGGUGCCGCCCGCAGCGCCGGGGCCCGGCGGCGUUAGCGGGGUAAUUCCGGCCGAGGGAAUUGCGGGACACGUGAGCGCGGCGGGGCCGCCCCCGCCCCGGGACCGCCCGGCGGGGCGGGCGCGGCAACAAAGGGCGGCGGGGACGGGCUGGCGGCGGGCGCUGCUCCUGCGGGUCUCACCUCCCGCCCCGCUCUCUCCUGUCCCGCAGCCCCGGCAGCCAGGACCGCGCCGCAAAUGAAGUGCGAGAACUGCACCAAAAAGGAAUGCAGUAAAAAACAGAAAAAUGAUGAUACACAAAGUACGUCUGCUGAUGCAUUGAGUUCAAAUGAUGGCUCUGAAGAGAAAAAUGAGUUUGACACAUUGGCUAAUGCUAAAAUACUCCUUAGCGACUGCCUAGCUUGUGACAGUUGCAUGACAUUGGAAGAAGGAGCCAGAGUUUUCCAACAGAACCAGAAGGAGUUCUUUCGUGUUCUCAACCUUAAUAAGAAAUGUGAUACCUCAAAACACAAAGUGUUGGCAGUGUCUCUAUGCCCUCAGUCAUUGCCUUAUUUUGCUGCUAAAUUCAACCUCUCUGUGAAUGAAGCAGCCAAGAGACUCUGUGGUUUCCUCAAAAGUCUUGGGGUGCAUUAUGUAUUUGACACCACUAUAGCUGCAGAUUUCAGUAUCCUGGAGAGCCAGAGGGAAUUUGUGCAGCGCUACCAACGGAGGAACCAGGAGGAACAUGCCUUACCAAUGUUUGCCUCUGCCUGCCCUGGUUGGAUCCGAUAUGCUGAAAGGGUGCUCACCAACCUGGUGACCUCUCACAUUUGCACUGCAAAGUCUCCACAGCAGAUCAUGGGCUCCCUAGUGAAGGGCUACUUUGCCAGGCAGCAGAAUUUGUCUCCUGAUAAAAUUUUCCAUGUAGUCGUGGCACCUUGUUAUGACAAAAAGCUGGAAGCCUUGAGGGAAGAUUUCUACACUGCCUUGUAUAAUUCACCAGAAGUUGAUUGUGUCCUGACAUCAGGUGAAAUUGUCCAAAUAAUGGAACAGAAAAAUGUGUCUAUGAAAGAUGUGACUGAAGUAGCUGUAGAUACUUUGUUUGAUGACCUAAAGGAGGGAGAUGUAGUAAGGCAUGAUGGGAAGAGAUCUGAUGGUUACCUGGAGCACAUUUUUAAACAUGCUGCAAAGGAACUUUUUGGUGUGGAUGUCAAGGAGAUAACCUACAAAGCACUGAAGAACAAGGACUUUCAAGAAGUUACCCUUGAAAAGGAUGGGGAGACAGUGCUGCGUUUUGCAGCAGCUUAUGGCUUUAGAAAUAUCCAAAACAUGGUCCUGAAGUUGAAGAAAGGAAAGUUUUUGUACCAUUUUGUAGAAGUCCUUGCCUGCCCAGGAGGGUGCCUCAAUGGGAAGGGCCAGGCCCAGACUGAGGAUGGCAAACCAGACAGAGCCCUGCUUGCCCAGAUGGAAGAGGUGUACACUGCAAUUCCUGUCAGGCUGCCAGAAACCAACCUGCAGGUGCAGAGGAUGUACCAGGACUGGCUGGAGGGCAUGGACUCCAAGAAGGUCCAGGACACUUUGCACACCACGUACAGUGCAGUCAGUCAGAGCACGAGCAGUUUGGAUAUCAAGUGGUAACAGCUGCAGGAGCAGAGCUGUGCUGAGGCUGCAGGGCAGCACUGCAGCCCCUGUGCAGCCUCCCUGCAGCCCUCCCUGCACCAUGAGGCUGUGAGGGAGGCUCUGCCCAGCUUGGGAUUGUUCUUGGGAAGAACUUUUGCUUUGCAAAACCAGAGAAGUCUCCAAAAGCCCUGGUUCCUGCCACUUUUACUGUUUGUCAUUUCCUGCCUACGAUGGAUUGCUUCAUUCUAAAGCCUGCUCUUGCAAGGUACAUCCCCUGCCAGGGACAGGGAGUGCAAUUCCUGAUGCAGUGAAGGGUUCACUGCAUGAAAUGGGCUCCUCCAAGAGGGUGAGGUGAUCUUACUUCUAGGUCUGCAGUCCCUAUCAUCACAGGAUAACAACAGGAAUUUCAAUAUUGGUGCAGUUGGUGUGAAGUAACUUGGGAUUUACUUACCUUGUUAAGGAAAAGGCCCUUUUAAAGGACAAGUGAGUAUAUGGAGAGAUGUAAUGAAUUUCUAUAAUCCUUGUAUCCAUUAUUCAGCAAAAAAUACUCAGUUCCAAACUAGCCAUCUUUUCUUACUGAUGUAGUGUCACAGAAUGUUUCACAGAAUGAAUCUGGGAAGCCAAUCCUAAAUGGUUCAUUUAAAAUAGUUUCAAAAAGAGAACUUUCUUUCCAUGGAAGUUUUCUGCCAAGCUUGCAGCCAGGAGGAGUGGGGCUGCUGCUUUGGCUUCUCUCUGAAAAUGGAACAUGCCCAGAUUGUUCUUUCAUUUGUCUCCAUGUUGAAAGACUUCAAAAAAUAACUUCCUGGGGUGCCUCUGAGAAAAAAUACUGAGCAAUGCUUGUGAGCUCAUCAGAGUUAGGAUACAUUGGCAUUGUGAAUUUUGAUGCACUUAUUUUUAUAAAUAUGCUCUAGAGGUUCAUUUAACAGACAUUGUGAAGUGGUACUGCCAUGCAGCUUGUCUGCAACUUCCCAGUUGUCAGAGUUAUUCAAGAAUGUGAUUGUCAAAAGAAAUUAAGACUCCUGCCAGACUUCUUCAGAUUCUCAUGGUAGCAUCAGCUCUGUUCAAGAUUAAUGGCUCUUUGAAGCUAGCAAAAUUCUAGCUUUCCUUAUGCAGCCUGAAAGUGUGGAUGGGCUUUUUUAACUGUUUCAUGCAGUUUGAAUGAAUCUGCUUGCAAAUUUCUUCAAUAUUACAACUGCUUGUGUGAAUAAGAAAUCCUGCCAAAACCUGUGAGUGUUUAAAAUGUACAUUUAACCUGGACACAGUGGAAUGGGAUGAAGCAUCAGGGAAGGCAGGGCAAGACCUGGCAUGGGCUAGAACAGAGAGGCUGAAAGGAGAGAGACAGUGAAGUGUCACCCUGCUGACAAGAAAUAGCUCUGUUAAUGUGAAGCUGUUAAAAAUGGCAGCUUUCCAUUGGACCUCCCUCCCCCUAACUAACAAACCAUUGCACUUGGAGGGAGGUUUUCUUUGAAGUGCAAAUGAAUUUGAUUUACUGCACUAUCUGAAUGCCCACAAUGAGAUUAUGCCCAUAAUUACAUAAAUUAGCCUUUGCAGAUUGUUCCUUGUGAUAAUGAUACUGAACGUGGUGCAAUAUCAGAACAUGGACAGAAAUCUACCUCUGUACAGGAAGGAGUCCAGGAGUUGUGGGAAGAGCUGUGUGUAGCUAGAGCUGUAAUAGAUGUCUGCUGGAGAAAGGUGGGGGUGUUGUGUGACAUUUCAGAACAGAUUACUUUCAGAAGCAGCAUACACCUCCUUCGGUCUCAUUAUCUGCCAUAAUUUCCAAAACUUCCACCAGAAUUCUGAUGUAAUAAAGUGCUCCUGUUCUGUUUGUAUAGGCCUGUUUCUCUGUAUAUAUGGUUUGUAGCUGGAUGCAUGUUUAAAUUAUAUCACUGCUGCUCUUUGUACAGUGUGCUUAUUUUUUUAUGUGUGUAUACUGGGUGAAAUGGUACAAAACCAGUUUGUUUUUCUGAGGAAAUCUUCAGUAAACUCCACAAGAACUGCCUUGCUGUUCUGAAAGCAGAGCCCUGAACAGCUUGUACAAUGUGCUGGAUCCUCCCCAGUGCUUGCCUGCUGCACUGAGGGGCCUCACUCCCUGUGCUGCUGGGGGAGCCCAGGAAUGGGCUGGGCAGUGGGGGAAACCAAUCUGUGGCUCAGUGUCUAAAAUAACCUGUGUCAGCUGGAUCCACCAUUUCUUCCAUCUGCUCAAGGGUUUUAACCUACUGAGGUAGUCACAGUGUAGAGCUGUUGAUGAUUUGUCUGCUGCAGAAUUUUUUUAAAGACAAAGAAGGCAUCUAACUGAGCCUGCAGUGGCUACACAGAAUGUAUUAUCAUUAGUGACCUAAGAAACAGACUUGUCUUUUUUUCUUUGUCAGCUUUUGUUUUUUAAAACUUUUUGGAGUAAAAUAUUUUAGUUUUUUUAAAGGCCUUUUCUUUGAAGUGCCAGUUUAAAAGGAAAGAAGAGUUCUAUCCUGUAAAUCUUUCCCCCUUUACCUGCUUUCAUUGAAAUUUUAACAUAGAUCAGAAGAUCUUGUUGCAGCUUCAUCUGUAGUGAAAUACUUGCCUAAGGCUUGAUUCUGGCUUUUAAAUCUGCAGUUGGAAAGCUCAUUAAUAUUGCCAAUACAUGUUUGUAGCCACACUUCUGGAAUUAUAGCACUAUUUAAUUCCCUGAUUGGAUUCCCUGAUUCCCCAAUAAUUUUUAUUGCUACUGCCUUUUCAGCAACAGGAAAAGCUCCUGCUGUGGCCACAGCCAUAGUGCUUUACCUCUCCCCGAAUGCUGUGCUGAGACAAGGGAU